UCUCAAUUUAGCCUGCUACCGAGUUUCCUCAGCGUCACCCCGCCGUAUUCAAUCAUAACUCACGACUCUACUCCUGUCCAACAACGUCUGGCCUAUACUGAUCGCAAUGAAGCACUACCGUGAAAGGCUGGCAUCCUCCGAGACAUCUGAAUACUCGAUAUUCCCCAUUUCCGCGGUGCGAGAUGAGCCUUUCAUCCCUCCUACUCCCGGAGACACGCGCGCCACACCCACCUCCGCGUCUGUCGAGCAACCGCCCGUCCGCGUUCUCAGAUGCCUUAUAAGAGAGAUCCCGGGAUUUCCGGGAGUCCUCGAGGACGGGCGAUGGACGGUACGGCACCCGCUCGUUCAAACCUAUCUCAAGAACCUAGGUAACGUCUACGACGAUGCGGCUGGAUUCACCGGAGCGAGCACGUCUAGAGGCGAACCGGCCCGCGACGUACGUGGAUGCAUCGAAGUCGGACGCGUUGAAGACGUCGGACAAGUGGUCGGCCGCCACUUGAGCGACGUCAUAUCGGAGGCUGUCUUUAUUCUAGCAGCUCUGGAGGUAGUAGACAUCAUCAGACAUCCUGCGCACUUCGCCUUCUGGGGCGCAAAUGUCCGCGAGCGAACAUCUCUGAUCAUUCAACAGUCCCAAGCAGGUACAUUGUGUCAGCAAAGUCCUGGGACCGAUUCAGUCAAGAGGCGCAGCGAAUACUUCAAUUCGCGAUCUACCCAGAAGUCAAGGCAAAGCCAUCUCAGAAGAGGCUUACGCGAGCACAGAAAAAGAAAGCCCAGGCGAAGGUGGCACAAGCAGCUGUGAAAGUCACGCAUCCCACAGAGCGCGCGCAACGUAAAGGCAAAGGAAAAGAGAAGGGACCGAACGGUGCGGGAACCACUCUUCGGCGAUCUCUGAGGCGUGCUGCGCCAGUUGCGCAGUCGCAAGUGCG